CUACAUUUUAACUCUGUGGUACCAUUACUUAUCUUAAGACCUUUAGAUGGACACUCGCUCAUAAAUUGCUAAGUAGAUCAUGGCUGCACUGAGACUAGUUAGAUCUUCACUGACUGACUUUCCCCAGAAAACUCUGCCACUAACAUAUCAGGAACGUUGAAAUUCUCUAUCAUCCUUCCUGCAUGUGAAAUUUGUUUAGAUUAAUAGUGUAUGCCUGGAAAAGAACACAUAUAAUAAACAUGCUGAAAAACACCUGUAUUGUCAAUUCUACAACUAUGACCUUAGUUUGUCUGCAGUUUUGAAAGAGAAAGCUGUGCUGAAUUCUUUGUAUAAGUUUUGGUUUCUAAUGCUUGCUUGAUAAGCAGGUACCUCAAAGCUUUCACCUUUUCUGGACAACCUGAUUGGACAAACCUGAUUGGAAUCUGAGUUAACAAGUUUUACCUGCAUUGUGGGCUCGUAGGAAAGCUGCGCUUAGGGAAGUGGAAGUUACUACCUUUGUGCAACUGAAUCCUGCUCUUUGAGUUUCUUCUGAGGACCUUUUCCUUCACAUAUUUCCUUUUCCUCAUUUUGGGAAAGAAAUGUAGUUUGAUUCUUUUGAUGUUUAGCUCUUAUCAUUUUUGUUAGUUUGUCCAUAUACAACAGUAAAUAUGGUAUAAUAGAGUGUCGCUAAAAGGUUGAAAUAUGGCGCAUUCCCCAGAAGAGGAACAAACCCAGGAUUACCUUUUCAAGAUUGUUUUGGUUGGUGAUUCAGCUGUUGGUAAAUCAAACUUGCUAGCUAGAUUUGCUAGAGAUGAGUUUUACCCUAAUUCAAAAUCAACUAUAGGAGUAGAGUUUCAGACUCAGAAGAUGGAAAUAAAUGGGAAGGAAGUCAAGGCUCAGAUCUGGGACACAGCUGGUCAGGAGCGGUUUAGGGCUGUUACAUCUGCAUAUUAUAGAGGUGCAGUUGGAGCUCUUCUGGUCUACGACAUCAGUCGACGCCAGACCUUUGAUAGCAUUGGCAGAUGGCUUAAUGAA